UUGAACGAUCGGGUAGUUCGUUGGUUAAGCUAAAAUUGUCAUUAUUUUCGUGUCCCUCGGCUAUGGUUGGGCUUAUUUUGCUCUCUUCAUUUGUUAGUUUAUUCUUUUAAUUGAAGUCAUACGAACUAAGUUUUCCAUAUGACUGUUAAGUUGAAAAUGGAUUUAUUUGUGAUAUUGGCUUUUAUUUUGUGCCUUCACCAAACACCGUCAGGGGCGGUUUCCAACCAGACGCUUGCAAAGGGAAUUUUCGAUUCUUUGCUGACUGAUUAUGACGUCAGCCUCAUUCCCCUGUGCACUUCCGGAGACAGGGUCACGCUAAACAUUGACAUUGCCCUACGACAAAUAAUGGAGCUGAAUGAACGAGAACAGAUUUUGACCAUAAACGUUUGGCUGAGGAUGCGUUGGAACGAUUGUCGUCUGCAGUGGGACCCGACGUCUUACAACAACCUCACGUAUGUCAUGAUGACGUACGGUGACGUAUGGACACCUGGCGUCACUCUCUAUGAUAGCGCGGCAGAGGAAGUCAUGUUUCCCGGUAGAGAAGAUUACCGCGCGUACGUUUCUAGUUCCGGUGACGUCACAUAUAACUUUCCGACAGUCACCAAGAGUAUCUGCCAGGUUAAUGUGAAAUAUUUCCCGUUCGACACCCAGGAGUGCAGCCUGCAGUUCGGUUCCUGGUCGUACCACGGUCUUGACCUUGACUUUGUCAAUCGAAACUCUGCAGGUGACCUUGACACUUACAUCGAGAACACAGAGUGGUCCGUCUUGCGAAUCCCCGUCGAGCGCCACGUUGUUUACUACAACUGCUGCUCGGAACCAUACCCGGAUGUGACGUUUACGAUCGUGAUGAAGCGCCGUCCUGCCUUCUAUCUCCUCACAAUGAUGUUUCCGUGCAUGCUUACUUCCUGUGUGGCGGCCCUAGCGUUCCUUCUUCCGGUGGAAAGUGGCGAAAAGGUGUCCCUGGAAAUCACCGUUCUCCUGUCCCUCGCGGUCUUCCUCCUCCUGGUGUCAGAGUCACUUCCGCCUUCCUCGGAUGACUUUCCCAUCAUAGGUUCGUACUUCGCGAGUUCGAUGGUGCUGGUGUCGCUGUCUCUCCUGCAGACCGCCAUCGUCCUUAACGUUUUCUACCGUGGAACCAAUGGCCGUCGAGUGCCCAGAUGGGCGAAGGUCGUGUUCCACCAGUACAUUGGCCGUGUCCUGUGUAUUCCGUCUUCCAAAGUUGGCGUUGAUGAUACCCCUAUGCAUGAGAUUGUAAAUCAUGAACGCCAUCCACCAGAAAAGCGUUCAAAUGUUGAACAAGAUGACAACAGAUUGGAUGACACAAAUGAAAUAAAACUCACGAACAAUCACAUAACCAUGGAUAACAAUAGCCCAAUGAUCAAAAGAAAUUGCGUUCUACCAGGUUUCGUUCGUAGCAAAAAUGUUGAUGGGCAAAUGGAUGGAACAUUAAAUCUGAAAGAGAGAUGUUUGAGGAGAAUUGUCAGUCAUUUGGAACAUGACCAAAGUAAGGAAGACGUUGGAUCAGAGUGGAGAGAUAUUUCAAAUGUCUUGGACCGACUAUUCCUGGUGUUAUACAUGCUGGAAGGAAUCAUCUACUUUCCUUCACCAACGAUGGAAUUAGCUUCUUUCUCUCAUCAACGAUGGGAUUACCUGUUUCAAAUUUCUGUCACCAACUUUGGAAACAUAUAGUUUCUUUCGUUGAGGUCUCUUGUAACAAUGAUGUUACUUUAUCGUUUCUGUCAUCAACGAUUGAUGCUUAUACCAUAAUGAGUGUUGGACUACACCUUUCUCAUCUGCAAUGGACAUCUUUCAAAAGACUGUAAGAAUGUUAACAAAUUAUUCUUAUUCCUCAAAUUUUCGUUGAUCAAUCCAUUUCGGACGCAUUUCCAUGUAUAUGUAACAACAGGUACCCUCAAACCGUAGUAAAAGACGAAAAAAAAUAUCCAGUGCUACAGAAUUGACCAAAGGAACGUAAGAACACUUGAGCACGAAGUUCUCAAGGUGAGCUCUCCAGCGUCCGUCGUCCGGCGUCAACAUUUUAAAACUUCUCUGAAACCCAAUGGGCCAGACCCAUGAUAUUUGGUAUGCAGUCUCAUUACUGGUCUUUAACCAAGAAUGUUCAAAUGAUGCCCUUUGAUCAAAUAUGACCCAGCCCCAGGUGUCACAAGUUUUUAUAUACUUAAAUGUUAAAAUGUUUGAAAAUCUUCUUCUCUGAAACCGCAAGGCACAUAUUCUUGAUAUUUGGUAUGCAGCCUCAUGUAGUGAUCCUUUACCGAAAUUGUUCAAACUAUGUCCCUGUGCUGAAAAAUGGCCCAGCCCAAAGUGUCUCUCGUUUCCUUUAUACUUAAAUAGAAAACAAUUAAAUAUCCUUAUGUAUAUACGUAUAUUGAUAUAGUAACUAUAUAUGAGCGUAUAUAUUCCAACAAAUUUGCAUGUUUUUAUAUCAACUAAUUAGAAUAUCUUGUUUUACUGUAUACAUGUUUGAUAUACGUUUUACUAUCAUUAAU